AUGGCUGAAAUUUCAGAGGAACCAGAGUUUACUUUGAGACUUGUCGUUGAUGAAGAGAAGAAGAAGGUGGUUUUGGCUGAGGCUUGUAGGGACUUUGUGGAUGUACUCUUCAGCCUUCUCACAUUGCCAAUGGGCACCAUUGUCAGAUUGCUUGAGAGGCAUCGAAAAUCCGAGAUUGGAUGUUUUCGCAACCUCUAUACAAGUGUCGCGGAAAUGGGCGUUGACGAUUUUGAGACCCAAGCUUGCAAGCAGAUAUUGCUGAAUCCAACGAGUGUGAAGGAGGUCGAGUGCAAAAGGCUUAAGCUCAACGUUAACCCUACUGAUGAUCUCAAGUUCUUCAAGUGCCCUUAUUUCUCUCGCUGCAACUUGUGCACUAAUUUCAGCGGCUCUGUUUGUUCGUGCGGAGAGUUGAUGAACCAGGAAAUCCAACUGUCAGAAGAAGAUCAAGCUGCAGGUAGCGUACAAGAUGAUGUUGGUGGAGUGUUUGUCGGUGGCAGGUCUUCGUUCAUCAUCACCGAUGACUUGAAAGUGUCUGUUGAAUCGACUGGUCUUGUCUUGAAAACUCUGCAUCGUCUAGGUUGUUCUGAUGUUAGUAAGCUUGGGGAACAGCUUCUUGAUAUUGGUCUCAGAGAGAUUCUGUUUCUUCUUGAGUGCAUAUUCUUCUCAAACACUCCCUUAACAGACGCUCUCUUGAGGAAGGAAAUUCCACAGGAUGUGAAUAACAUGCACAAGUUUCUGAGUCCAUGCGUGGAGGUAAGAACAGAUGUAGCAGAACCAGAGAUUACUUUGGAGGCGAUAGUAAGUAAGCAGGACAUGAAGAUUCUAUAUGUCGAAUGCGGAGAAGACUUCGUUAAUCUUCUUUUCACUUUUCUUGCUGUCCCUCUCGAAUCUGUGGUGGAAAUCUCUGGUAACAGCUCCAAUUUUGGAUGUAUUGGCAACUUGUGCAAAAGCUUCAAGGUGUUGAGUGUUGACAAAGGGAAGCAAGAUUCAGCUUCAAAAUGUGUGCUUCCUUAUUACUAUAAAUGCCAGAAGCAGUUUUUGGAUAUCAUCACUCAGGACCCACCGGAUUACUACCGGUACAGAAAUUCCAAUCCUAGACAACCUGACUACAGUUUGACUACAGAUUCUUAUCGGACUCUGCUCUAUCGAAAGGACAGGCUAGUCUUUGUGUCUUUGAUUGAUCCAAAAUCUCAUGGCGGAGAUCAGUCAGAGGAAGGCUCUGGAUUUGUGAAGAGAGGAGCAAGGUUUAGAGUUUCAGAUGAUCUGAUAAUCACACUGAGCAACUCCAUGAGCACAUCUCUCUGCUUUCUGAAGAAGUUGCAGUUUAAAGCAGAUGAUCUGGAUGUUCAAGUAGUCAGAAUCCGUAAUGCAGAGGCAAUGAGUCUGCUGACUGCUUCCUUGGUGACAUCCUCUGCUUUGAACACUGCUUUAUGGAACUUGAUUGCGAAGAAGCCAAAGGAAGAGACUUUA